GCUGAUUGUGCAGGACAACAAUGAGAAGCAGGGAACCAACGGGAGCGGACUGAAGUUGCCCCCAUCCAACAAGUGGCUCGUGCGUCCUCGGCCGCUGCAGAUGAAUGACAGAGCCACAGUCCAGCCCGUCGUGGAGACGCUUUGAGCUUUGAAAGCUGUGGGUGGAAACAGUGAAGUGGUGGAAAACUUGAGGCUUUCGUGUGACACAUCAGGGGAAACGCAGCUUCACCGGCGCGUCGCGCGCCUCUGACCGCAGCUGCAGACGCUGCGGCUGCGGCUGAAGCUGAAGCUGGCUUCCGGCUCGGAGUCAGACCUGCUCCGGUUCAGGGCCAUGCGCGCCCGCUCCUCACGCGAACUCUCCCCCGGGACAUGGCGUCGCCGUGGGCUUUACAGGAGUGGUGCCGCGUCACGUGCGCGGAUUAUUACCCCAGCGUGGAAAUAAAGAACAUGUCGAGCUCAUUCAGAGAUGGACUUGCGUUUUGUGCCAUCAUCCACAAACACCGCCCUGACCUGAUAGAUUUCAGCUCCCUCUCCAGAACGAAUGCUCAUCAGAAUAACAGCCUGGCGUUCCAGGUUGCAGAGACGCAGCUGGGCAUCCCUGCCCUUCUGGACCCCAGAGACCUGGGUUCCUGCACGGUGCCUGACUCUUUGAGCAUCAUCUCCUACGUUUUCCAGUACUUCUGGUUCUUCAGCAGCAGAACGAACGCAGGUCCUGCCAGUUUGAGAUCGUUACACACAGAACUAAACUACUCAAAGACUAAAAGUCCCGAUGGCCCGCGGUCCCUGAAGAGCUCAGCUCAUUUGAAGUCCAGUGAAGACGCACCAACGGUGUGUCUGCUGUGUCUGCAGCCCGUUCACCUCAUACAGAGACUCCUGGUUGACGGAGGCAUCUACCACCGCAGCUGCUUCAGGUGCAGAGUUUGCCAUUGCACUCUUUUACCAGAUCUUUACACACGGGGGUCCGACGCUGGUGCCUUGAUCUGCGUCCACCAUACGAAAAAGAGCAAAAGUGUCUGUGCUGAGUUCAGGCAGCAAAUCGGAUCUGCCCGUGAUGAGUUUCAGACCAAUUACGUUUCUCUCAGUGGAUUGGCCGUCACCAGCGUUCCUCAUUACACUAUGAACACAGAGCCACAGGACAAGCUGGUUCACAGAACUGCAAAGACAGAAAUGAAAGACAGUCAAGAGAGAAUCAGGGAAGAGAACGACGGCGAAAGCUGCUCUGCUGCACUCAGGAUCAGCGUAACGACGGCAGCACCUCGUGGAGAGGGAGCUGAACGAGGGGGAGCCGACGUGGGAGCUGGCAGCCUGAGGCAGGAAGUAGCGCAGGCGGAGCAGACGGAGCAAACAGUCCAGACCCAGCGGACCCAGCAGCCCGCUGAGCCCGGUGCACAGGUCACAGGAGGAGGCAGACGCCCGGUUCCAGCUCCCAGGCGAACGUCACACUCUCCGGCGCCCGUUCCUGCCCCCAGGGUCAAAGCGCCGCAGACGAGCUGCCGUCCUGCUGCAGGAAACACUUCCAGCCAGUGUAAACCUCCCAUUUCACCUCCCAGCGCCGUUCCAACCGGUGUUAACCCCAAGGUGAAGACCAGCCACCCCUGGUUGGGCAUCAUCCACCCUGGGCCCUGGACACAGCUGCCCCCUGCUCCACCUCCGCUCGCCCCCCCUCGAAGCAGAUCUUUGUUUAACCUGCAGGAGCCCUGGUACAGGCCCAGAGUGCCUCCUCCCAACCCCUUUGGAGAGGAGGUGGAGGAAGCUGCAGAGCAAACUACAGAAGAUGCCGUUUGUUCAGGCGACGCUGAGAAGAGUCACUCUGAACCUGACAGUAAAGCAGAACCACCGGACAAACCCAUUCCCCCCAAGAGACGAGAGCGAGCGAGAGCUGAGGCUGCGGUGACGUGUAGUGAAGCAGCUGGAGGCAGCGGUGGCUCACAGCGAGACGAGACGCAGGACACGUUACCCAGGAGUGUUUCUGUCCCAACGAUCACAUGUGCCUUCUCUCAGAGUUCCUCAGAGCCAAGAGACACCAGAGAGUCCGACUCAUCGAAGCAGAGCGAGCAAAUGUGCAAAGACAAACUUCUGGAUGUAAAACCUGCCAUGCCCAGAUCCAAAACGUUCCAGGCUCUGUCCUCCCACCGAGCCGCCGCCCCCGGACACGGCUUUCCACUCGUCAGGAGGAAGGUGCAGACAGACCAAAGCGUUCCUACUGGAGACCUGCAGGCAGAGAUGGGAGCGCUGAACAAACAACUGGAAGCGUUGGAACAAAGAGGAGUUGAACUGGAAAAGAACCUGAGAGACAAGAGCUGUUCUCAAAGUGAAGAGGAGCAAAUGUUACUAGAGUGGUUUUCUCUGAUCCACAAAAGACAUGUCCUAGUGUGCAGAGACACGGAGCUGGUUUACCUGAGAAAGCAGCAGAAUUUAGAAGAGGAGCAGGCAGAUGUGGAGUACGACCUCAGGUGUCUCCUUAAUAAACCUGAAAGCGACUGGAGUCCGGAGGAUCGCAUUCGAGAGCAGCAGCUCAUGGACGAACUGGUCGGUAUCAUCGAACAGAGGAACCAGAUCAUCAGCAGCUUGGAUCAGGACAGACAGAGAGAAAGAAAAGAUGAUGAGCUUUGGGAAACUAUGAUGAAGAGCAAAGAGUUGCAGAAUGAAGGACUAAAACAGAUUAAGAAAUCUAAAGGAAAGUCGAAGCCCCCGAAUGUUUUUAAGAUGCUGAGCCACAAAGCAGUGAGCAUCAAAAACAAUGUGGACAAAAAGAGCUGAAGGACCCUCAUGACCUCAGAAAUGAUUUGGAACUCUCAAGAUCAUCGUAUUUACGUUAGAGAACAGCUCAGACCCAAAACCAUCAACAAUUCAGUGUUAUCAUUGUGCAUUUUCUCUUCCAUGUCUUCUGAUUUUUAUGUAUUUGUAUCAGGUAAAAUAAAUAUUUAUUUGGAAAGUU